AUGGAGCGAAGCAAUCGAGUAAGCAAAAAAAUGAAAGUAGCAAAAAGAAUUGCCGGUCGCGUGGCCCUGGUGCCGCUGGCCUCUCUGGCCCUGUGCUCCCGCGUCGCCCGGAAAGUUCCGAAGCUUCCCAGACCGACUCCCACUUCCACCGCCAUUCCCUCCAACCAUCUCGUCUUCAUCUGAUAUUCUUUUUCUUCCUCUUUCUCGCCCCUCAGGACACCAAGUGCAAUGUAAAAGGUUCAGAUUACAAACAACAUUCUUAUAUCAAUUGGGAGGCGAGUAAACAGUUCAAAAAAAAAAAAAUAGUGUUCGAAUUAGAAUACUCUUGUGGAAAUUUUGUUGGAUUCCCUACGUUCCAUUCGAUGUCACGAAGGAACAUUUCCUACCUGUUUGAUUUUUAAUCCGUGUCUACGAAUUGAUCGAAUACCUCUUGUAGCUUGAAGAAUGAAAUUCGCGUGGUAGCGUUAGAUAUUUUCGAAAUGGACUUUUUCUUCUUGCACAACAUGCACGAAUAGAUGCUCAAAAAAAUCCUCUCAACCUUUUAAGAACUAUCAUCAGUAUCCUGAAAAAAAAACUUACGAGAGAAAAAAUCAUUCAAAUAUUCAAAACAGCACUAGACCUGACAAUUCGCAAAGGCGUAGUGAACGUUUUUAAUCAUUCGGACGAUAUGACUAGUUUUCAGCUUUAAUUUCCCGAGACUUCGAAUAUUCUUGA